GAGUGGUUGUCGGUUUUAGUCUGAUGACAAGUCACGAACUGAUUAAGAAAGCAGAAGUCACAAACUUAUUAAGAAAGCAGCUUCUUCGUCGUAACUGUGCACAUCAACAGAGCAGUAGUGACAGAACAGCCUAAGCAAGCAAGCAAGCCAUACAGGACACUAGUCUGAGCUUCUUAUCUCAUAAACUUUUUAAUCACAUUUGAAUUUCCAUAACAAUCUUUCAUUCUUCCUUUCUAGUUCACCACUUGGCCCAUGUCACAUUGGUUUCUUGUUCAUGGGUCAUUUCCCUUGUCUGCUACUUACUCUCUCCCUCUCUUUCCCACACCUGUCCCAUAUGACGUACAAUGUAUUAAUGUGAGUAAGCCAGGGACAGUUGGAAGUAAUUAAGCUAGUUGAUAGUUUUGGAUGGUGGUGUGUGUUAAGUGUUGAAUGCAUGAUCAAAUCUCAUAUCCAUCUCAAAAUCUCCUUAUAAAUUUGCUUUCCAUCCACAUGCUUUUCUUCAUUCCCAUCUAAGCUUUUUAGCUCAUUCUCUUCUUGCCUCAAACUUUCUGCAACAAUUUCACAAAAUGGCAUUCCAUCUUCAUCGAGUUCUUGCUUUUCUCACAGUCGUGAUGGUGGUGAGCCAUGCCGCUCUGCCACCUGAACUUUAUUGGAAGUCUGUCCUGCCAAACACGCCAAUGCCAAAAGCUGUCACUGAUCUUCUGCAACCUGACUUUGUGGAAAACAAGGGCACUGCUGUAGCAGUAGGAAAGGGUGGAGUAAAUGUGAACACCGGGAAAGGGAAGCCAGGUGGUGGUACCCAUGUGUCCGUGGGCAAAGGUGUCGGGGUAAAUACAGGAAAGCCUGGCAAGGGAACCAACGUUGGUGUUGGCAAAGGAGGAGGGACUGUAGGCACGGGCCACAAGGGCAAGCCUGUCUAUGUUGGAGUAAGACCAGGACCAUCACCAUUCAACUAUAUUUACGCCGCCUCUGAGAAUCAACUCCAUGAUGACCCAAAUGUAGCUCUUUUCUUCUUGGAGAAGGACCUGCAUCCUGGCUCAGAAAUGAACUUGCACUUCAUCAAGAGUUCGAAUUCACAAACUUUCUUGCCUCGCCAAGUUGCCCAAUCAAUUCCUUUUUCAUCAAACAAACUGCCUGAAAUUUAUAACCAAUUUUCAGUGGUACCAGGAUCAAUAGAAGCUGAGAUAAUAAAGGAAACAAUUAAAGAGUGCGAAAAUCCCAGCACUAGAGGAGAGGAAAAAUAUUGUGCAACCUCGUUAGAGUCAAUGGUCGACUUCAGCACUUCCAAGCUUGGAAAAGAUGCUCUGGCAGUCUCUACAGAGGUGGACAAAGAAACACAGAUGCAAAAAUAUACAAUAGUACCCCAGGUAAAGAAGAUGGUAGGUGACAAAUCUGUUGUGUGCCAUAAGCAGAACUAUGCAUAUGCUGUCUUCUACUGCCAUACAACAGAGAGCACAGAGACUUUCAUCGUGCCCUUGGAAGGUGCUGAUGGGACAAAAGCUAAAGCAGUAGCAGUCUGCCAUAAAGACACAUCAACAUGGAACCCAAAGCAUGUGGCUUUCCAAGUGCUCAAUGUCAAGCCAGGAACUGUUCCAGUUUGCCAUUACCUUCCUGAGGACCAUAUAGUCUGGGUUAAAAACCAGAAAUCUACAUAAGUGACUUCAAGCCAUCGAUAUCUAUUUGCUUCGCGUAUUUCAGUGUAUUUCAACAGUAUGAAAAUCAGAAAAAUAACUUAUUAUCAGUAUUUACAUCGAUGCCACACGACACUCAAUUCCAUGUAUGUUAAUAAAGCGUGUUAUAGUUAUGGAUGAUGCAUCAUAUACUGUAAUAGAUGAUAUCUUAGUAGUUUGUACCUUACGAUAAUAUAUUUCGUUAUUUUCAGAA